AGGGAAGUGUCUGUUGUAAACCUUGGUUGUAAACAACACGCUGCAAGACUGCACACGCAUGCACGGGAGUAUGAAGAUUAAUUAACGUGUAGUUUGAGUUGGAUUUAUGAGACAAAGUUUCCCUCGAAAACGAAUCGUUUCUUCGCGAUUUGAUCGAUUUCCCUGUAUCUAGCCUUAAACUUGGCGAAGUCACGGGUCGACGAGGAGAAGGGCGAGAGUUUGCCAAGUUUCGCGCGUUGAAACUUCCAGGCGAUAUCGUGGCAAGGUUGAAACUCAUCGCUGAUUAAAAUAGAUUAGCGAUUGUUUCACGAAGAUGCGAGCAUAACCUCAAGGAUCCCGUCUCUUUUGUACUUCCAAUAUAAGAUUCGUCCGUAAACGGUGUCAGUCGUGCGUAUAUUUCCUAAGGAUUAAAAAUGGAUCAGAUGCUUCCGAGUCCUGGCUUCAGCAUACCAAGCAUUGGUACACCUCUGCAUCAACCAGAGGAGGAUCAACAGAUCCUGCCGAAUGCUCUGCAGCAGCAGCAACAGUCGCAGCAGUUCCAGCUGCAGCAACUGCAUUCGAUGAGUCCCAAUAUGCAAAGCGGUAUGCUGAUGAUAACGACGCCGCAAAAGAACAUGCACACGUAUGCUCCAACUCCAGCGUUUGCGACGCCACAGAGUCUUAUGCAGCCACAAACGCCGCAAAAUAUGAUGUCUCCGAUAGUACCACAAAAUAAUCAAAUAGCACCGCCAUCGAUAGGUCCUGCGACCCCAGGGCCAAUGACACCAAUGACCCCAGCUUCCGCCGACCCUGGAAUAUUGCCACAGUUGCAGAAUAUCGUGUCUACCGUUAAUUUAAAUUGCAAGCUUGACCUGAAGAAAAUAGCGCUUCAUGCUAGAAACGCUGAGUAUAAUCCAAAAAGGUUUGCGGCUGUUAUCAUGCGAAUAAGAGAACCAAGAACCACCGCGCUGAUAUUCAGUAGCGGCAAAAUGGUGUGUACCGGUGCCAAGAGUGAAGGAGAUUCACGUCUUGCUGCGAGAAAGUACGCAAGGAUUAUCCAGAAGUUAGGUUUUCCUGCCAAGUUCCUAGAUUUUAAAAUCCAAAAUAUGGUCGGCAGCUGUGAUGUUAAGUUUCCAAUUAGAUUAGAGGGUUUAGUGCUUUCUCACGGACAAUUUUCAUCGUACGAACCAGAACUAUUUCCAGGUCUAAUAUAUAGGAUGGUCAAACCUCGAAUUGUACUGCUCAUAUUCGUCUCAGGGAAAGUAGUAUUGACAGGUGCCAAGGUACGCAAGGAAAUUUAUGAAGCCUUUGACAACAUCUAUCCAAUACUGAAGAGCUUUAAAAAGCAGUGAUUCUACGUAGUCUUUUUUUAUAAUUUAAUAAUUUGUUUCCAACCAAAUUUAUUUCUAAUAGAGUAUAUUUUGUAAUAUAAAAUCACAUGGAUGAGCAAACCAUUACGUUUAAUACUGUCGUUGAGUUGCAUAGUGUUGUUGAUCAUCUCUUUGAUUAUUCAAUGUACAAAAUGUCUCACAAUGAUUGGAUAUUCCUACCACAGAUCUGUUCAAGUCUACACGAAAUCGAUUUUCAAUUAAACUUGAUACAUAUUAUUUUUUUUUUUUAAUGAGCAUAAAUAGAUAUUUUUGUUAACCAAACUUCGAGAGAAAAGAUAGAUGAAAAAAUAUUCCGUCCUUCAUUUACGUUUUCUUGACUUUACUUCAAAAUAUAUUUUUUUACAUGAAUCUUAGUUACAAAUAUGAAUGAAUGUUAGAGAUUAAGAAUAUAUAGAUUAUUAUAUAUAUUGAAAUAAAUUUUUCAAUAUUAAAGAGAGAUUGUCUUCAAAUUGACUAAAGAAACUGUGUUUAAAAGAAUAUCCAGUGAUUUCAGGACAUAAUGCAUAAACCAAUUGUCUCGUAGAUUAAAUAUGAUUUAUAAAAUGUCUGUUUUCGUCUCUUUAUAGAAAAUAUUAAUUUUUUCGAUGUGUAAAAAGCAAACAGUGCGAAGGUACAACUUGUGCAAUCUUGCAAUGGUUUUGUUUCCAUUUGCUAAACCAGUCAAUUGAUUAGUUGAUGACAACAGAAAUUCUAAAAGUACAUAUAUAAAUUAAAUGUAACCAGAAGUUUCUGAACCUUCCCUUUUUGCCUUCCUUAAAGAUAAUGCAUGUAAUAAUGCAUAUAAUUCUGUAAUUUAUAAAAUAGUGUCUUCUAGUGAUGCAGUGCCUCGAUUAAGAUUACGCGAGUAAUCAAUGUGUAUGCUUUAUCACAAUUUUAACUCUUAACAGAUACUAUGAAUUUUCUUAAACAACAUCACUAAAAAUAUCACCAUAAUUGUGUAACAGAAAAAAAUCUGAAAAAU